UUUGCAUUAUCCAUUUUUCUCUCAUCAUAUCAUCUGUUCUUCACUAGCUUGUAUAGUUUUGUUUGUUUUCUUACAAAAACGUAAACGAUAAUCAUGGGUGUCAUAACAUGCACGUUAGCUGAAUUUGAUAGCGUUGUCGCCCCGAACCGGUUGUUCCAAGCUAUGUCCAUUGACAGCCACAACUUCUUGCCAAAGGUUGUGCCUCACUUUGUUAAAUCUGUCGAGUUUGUUGAAGGCGACUCUACUACUGUUGGUUGCGUCAAAAAUAUCAACUUCCCUGAUGAGGCUCCAUACAGAUAUGUGAAAACUAGAGUAGACGAAAUCGAUUGUACUAACUUCUACCUAAAGUAUACAAGCAUUGAAGGAGAUAUAUUUCCCGAUACAUUAGAAUGUGCCGUGUAUGAGAACAAAUACGACGCUUCGAGCACCGGAACACACUACAAGAUGGUAGCACACUACCAUAUGAAGGGAGACAAUGUUAUGGAUGAUGAAGAAAUUGAAAGUGCCAAACAAGGGAUUCAAAUGAUGUUUAAGGCUAUUGAAGACCAUCUCAUUGCCAACCCUCAAGUUUAUGCUUGAAUUUAAUCAUAAUUAUAUAUUCAAGUUUUUUAAUGGUUACAAAAAUAUGCUACGUAGUACGUACCAUUAAUUAAAAAUGAAAUUAUGUACUACGUAGUAUGAUGUGGUGCACGUCUUUGUUUAGUUUCUUUGUUUAAUAUUUAAUUUUUGGGUUUGAAAAAAUAAUGACAUUUAAUUGGUGAACUGAGAUACGAUGUUGUAUGAGAUGCUACGUGUCUAUGUUUCAUACGAAUUGAAGUAUACAAUUGUAAAAUAUAUGUAGUUGGUCAUCAUUUCAAUCAUAUUGUAGAGAAAGUGUGUGGAGUAA